ACGGCGCGUGUGGGCGUGUCCCUGAGGGCCCGCGCUCCCGCCCCCUCAGCCGGCUUGGCGCCCCCAGGCCCCAGCUCCUUAGCCCGGGCCGGUGGGCCGGGCCCGCGUGGCCUCCGCAGGCUGCGCAGAGCGCGGGAGCCGUUGGAGCUGGGAAUGCCGGGAGCCCCUCAAGCAGCGGCCACCGCCAGCCCGCGCCGGCCUCCGCCGGCCUCUGCCAGCCUCCGCGCCGGCCGCUGCCUCCGUGCCUGUCCCUGUGAGCGCCGCUGACGCGCGGAGAUGAAAUUCCCGGGCUCCGUGCUGGCGUCCGUGUUCCUGUUCCUGGCCGAGACGACGGCGGCGCUCUACCUGAGCAGCACCUACAGGUCGGGCGGGGACCGCAUGUGGCAGGCGCUGACGCUGUUGUUCUCGCUCAUGCCCUGCGCUGUAGUGCAACUCACGCUCGUCUUCGUGCACCGCGACCUCAGCCGGGACCGCCCGCUCGUGCUGCUGCUGCACCUGCUACAACUCGGGCCCGUCUUCAGGUGUUUUGAGGCCUUGUACAUCUACUGUCAGUCAAACCAUGAUGAAGAACCUUACGUCAGCAUCACUAAGAAGCGGCAGAUACCAAAAAAUGGCCUAUCAGAGGAGAUCGAGAAGGAGGUGGGCCAGGCAGAAGGCAAGCUAAUCACCCACCGGUCUGCAUUCAGCCGGGCAUCGGUAAUCCAGGCUUUCCUGGGCUCGGCCCCCCAAAUGACCCUGCAGCUGUAUAUAAGUGUCUUGCAGCAACAAGUCACUUUGGGCAGAGGCUUCUUAAUGACCUUGUCCAUGUUGUCCAUUGUUUAUGGAGCCUUGCGCUGCAACAUUCUAGCCAUCAAAAUCAAGUACGAUGAGUAUGAAGUCAAAGUGAAGCCACUGGCCUAUGUCUGCAUUUUCCUCUGGAGGAGCUUUGAGAUUGCCACUCGAGUCAUCGUCCUGGUCCUCUUUACCUCCAUCAUGAAGACCUGGGUGGUGGUUGUCAUUCUUGUCAACUUCGUCAGCUUCUUCUUGUAUCCCUGGAUCCUCUUCUGGUGUAGUGACUCUCCAUUUCCUGAGAACAUAGAGAAGGCCCUCAGUCGGGUGGGCACUGCCAUUGUGUUGUGCUUCCUUACUUUACUCUAUGCUGGUAUCAACAUGUUCUGCUGGUCAGCUGUACAGCUGAAAAUCAACAAUCCUGACCUCAUCAGCAAGUCCCAUAACUGGUACCAGCUACUGACGUACUAUAUGACAAGGUUCGUUGAAAAUGCCAUCCUCCUGCUCCUGUGGUAUCUUUUCAAGACUGACAUCUACAUGUAUGUGUGUGCACCUCUGUUGAUUCUGCAGCUUCUCAUUGGGUACUGCACAGCUAUUCUAUUCAUGCUUGUGUUCUACCAGUUCUUUCACCCUUGCAAAAGGCUUUUCUCCUCCAGUGUUUCUGAAAGCUUUCAGGCAUUCAUUAGGUGUCUCUGCUGCACCUGCAGGUGGCAGAGUACCUCUGAGUCAGUAGGAAAGGCAAACUUAACAUCUUCCAGAGACCAAGAUGAGACACCUUCUACCAGUAAAAUAAGUCCUGAUCCCACUCAGAUGAGUGCUAAUGAUCUGUGCUCUGUUUAAUAUGACCUGAGGUCUCUCAGGGCACAACCAUGGUGUUUUCUGAGUUGAUACCUGUUCUUCAUACAUAUAAGGAGCCCUGCACAGGGACAAAGGCAGAAAGUUGGCUGUCAACUCCUUGUGAGCUGCUGCUGUAUUAUUGAGUUGUUGGGUAUGUGGGAACUAUGAGGAGAAGCCAGGAAUACCUGCAUGUUGAAGGGGCAGCCUAAUGCACGAUAGUUCAGAGGUGACCAUGUUAUGUUCUUACAGGCCUUACUGGUUGGUUCACUGACAAAAGUACCCCUAAAGUUUGAAUUGGGCUGUUUACAUCUAUCAGGUAGAAUGAGGAAAGGGGACUGUUUUUCAGUUUUCUGGAUUGUUGGUCUGGGUAGCCUGAUGAUUUAUUACCCCCAACCAGGUUUUCACCCAAGAGUCAUCCUGAUGAUCAGAGAAGCUGACUGGGAUUUUGCCAUCAGCAACAUCAUUCUUAUCUUAUAGUGAAGGCUGUUCAAGUUUGGUUUUUGAAUAGAGAUGUGUUCCAUUUUCAUCUCAUUAAGGAUAUUUGUACAUAACCAACAGUAGCCUCCAUGGCAUAUUCUCUGUAAUUGAUUCAAGAGACUAGAUUUGGCAUCUUUAUUCCGUAGCAUCCAUAGCUGCAAAAUUGAGUUCUAAAUUUGGGUAUAGAAGCCCUAGAAUUUUAGGAAAAAUGUUUCCUUCCAUAUGUUGAAGAAAUUUUUGAAUUUUAGAAAGAGCAAGAUGUUGCUAAAAUAUCAAAUUAAUGGAGGGUUGUAUAAGUAGAAUUCUUACCUUCUCAGAAUCUUUGAAUGUUUAAAGGUAGUAAUCUGCUGCAAAGUAGGCUUCAACCUACUUAAGAUUCAGUUGUGUCCUACAGUUCUGGUGAAAUUAUAAUACAAUUUUCUAGGAUUUGAAUUUUCAGUACAAAAAAGAAAAAAAAACAUAGCCUUCACACCCACCUCCCUCUCCUUUGCCUAUCAGAAAUAUUUUAGAUGAGUUAUCUCAGUUAAAUUUUUCUGGGAAAUCCUGUGGAAGUCUCUCACCCCAUGUAGGUUUAUAGGGUAUUUAAUUUUCACUAUUUGAAAAGAAAAUGCUUUUCUCACCAUCAACUCUAAUUAGUGAUUGAUAUUAGAAGUUUUUGAAUUUUAGAAAGAGCUGAAAUGACCAGGUUUUUGUUUUUCAUGGCAUGCAUUUUGAUUUUACAUAACUGUGAAUUAAUUUGAACCAAGUCUACAGUUUUAUUCUCCUAUACCACUUUAUUAUCUGUAUGAUUUUUCCUUAGCUCUGAAAUUCUAUUUGUUUCAUUAAAGAAGAGAGAGUAUUGUAGCAUAUCCUCAAUUAGAAAGUGCCUGGAACCCAUACUAUUUAUUUCUACCACUGAAAUCUUGUUAAUGAAAUACCUGGAAACAAAGAACCAUAAAGAAUAUACUAAUUUACCGUGAGUACUAUAGUAAAAUCUGACAAAUUUACAAAGAGAACUCCAUUUAUAGACUUUACUAGAUGGAACUGGGGUCCCCUUCUCUGACUUUAUGGCCCUACAAAAUAUUUAUUUGACAAUCACAAUUCUGCUAACUUUCCUUUAUAAUUGUGUUUUCAAAUUAAUAAGUAAUUUCAUAAACAUGAAUGAAGACACAACUUGGUCAUCAAUUUCCAUUUCAUUCAGGGAUCUAUGGGUAAAAUAGUAAAUAUUCUUCCACAAAUCAUUCAUGUUAUUUAAUAUUUUAAUGCUAUUCUAUAGAUAUAUAUCAGUUCUGUCUUAAACUAUAGAAACUCAAAUUUUGUUUUAUGAGAAGAUUUUCCUUGCUGGAAAUUGUCUUCGUUUGUCAAUAUUUGUGGUUUAAUUUUGUAAGAAUGCCCAGACAAUAGAUCUUUUUGUCUAUUUUUAAUGAAGUGAGAUAAAACUCAGGAUUGUCCAUGUUUUUCCACUGAGGUCAUCAAUGACCAUUUACCCAGUUGUUUUUUUUUUAAUGUAUUUAGUGCAGGGUCUAUAGGGUCUUACUACAUAGAUAGGACUCGU